GCGGAAGUAAGAGUAUCAACAUGAGCACAUCCCGACUGGAGGGGACUUGCCAGAAUGGUACGCUAUUUUCUCUUGCUUUUAGUGGUAGUGCUCGUCAGUGUAGGAGUUUGUCUUCAGAGUUCAUGCGGAGGAGAGCAAGAGGCCGCCUCCACGGAGGGAGCAGCGGGCUGCGGCUGCAAUAGGCUGAGGAGAGCCGCCUCCAGUGCUGCGGACUCGAAGGAGGAGCGACCAUCGAGCGAGCCUGCUGCAAAAUACACAGCAGCUGCUAAUGAGAAAAUCUCUCAGAUGAUGUUCAUACCUGGAGGAGAGUUUCUCAUGGGAACGGAUGACCCAGGUAUCCCCCAGGAUGGCGAGGCGCCACAGAGACCAAUGUACGUUGACUCUUUCUACAUGGACGUACUGGAAGUAACUAACCAACAGUUCCAGAGCUUCAUCAAAGCCACAGGUUAUGUUACUGAGGCAGAGAAAUUUGGAGACUCGUUUGUGUUUGAGGGAAUCUUGAGUGAAUCUGUCAAAAGCCAAAUCACACAAGCAGUGGCGGCGGCCCCCUGGUGGCUCCCAGUCAAAGGGGCCAACUGGAAUCACCCUGAGGGCCAAGACUCAAACAUCACAGACAGACUGGAUCAUCCAGUUGUACACGUCUCUUGGGCUGACGCUGUCGCCUUCUGCUCUUGGGCCAACAAGAGACUCCCUACUGAGGCUGAGUGGGAGUACGCCUGCAGGGGGGGCUUGCGAGACAGACUUUACCCCUGGGGGAAUAAACUGAACCCAAAGGGACGACACUACGCCAACUUGUGGCAAGGGGAUUUUCCCGUGCACAACUCUGGAGAGGACGGAUACGUCAAAACAUCUCCUGUUAUGUCUUUUCCUGCCAACUUGUUCGGUCUACAUGAUAUGGUGGGGAAUGUUUGGGAGUGGACUUCAGACUGGUGGACCGUUCACCACACCACAGACCACCAACAAAAUCCGACUGGCCCCCCUUCAGGCAAAGACAAGGUGAAAAAAGGAGGGUCAUACAUGUGCCACAAGUCUUAUUGCUACAGAUACCGAUGUGCAGCUCGGAGCCAGAACACCCCUGACAGCUCAGCCUCCAACCUGGGGUUUCGCUGUGUUUCUCAGGAGAAACAAUAACCUGAGCUGCCUGUUUAAUAAAGACUUCCUUAUUAUCUGUAAUCCAAGUGUUUACUAGGAUUUGAACUGGAUGGCACAGUUUUUUUUUUGCUAUGGCAGUUUUUUUUGCUGCCAUAUUAGUCCACAGUCAAAAAAAGGAAACAUAGGAAAUGUUGCUGUAAAUAUCCUAUUUCACACUAUGAAAGUGUUUUUCACUUUUUAUAAUAAAAUAUAAAAAGAUGAGAUUUAUAGUCUUUAUUAUAUCAGCUUCUUUUUAUUAUUAUAGCUGUGUCAUUUUUAAGUUUAGGACCAUUUACAACAAAGGCUACAACUUUGGUUUUGUUCAGCCAUAUGGUUGGUGUAAAGUUACUAUAAGAACAUAUUUUUUGUCUCUUUCUAAGGUUAGCAAAGAGGUCAUAAUAAUAAAAAUUCUCAUCAGAAAAAUUACAUUUUGUCUUGAUUUGGGGUUUUGUAAGAUUGUCCCUUUUUAUGCAUUACAAAUAUAAACCUCUAGGGGGCAGUAGCUCCGCAUAUACAGUAUAUCUACUGUUCCAAUCUACAGGCCACUUGCAAGUUUUGCACUUCCAACCACAAACUCAGCUGUCCAAAUCUCCUUCUGGACUGAGUUGUUAAAGCAUUUCUAGCAUGCAGGUGCUUGAUAAUAAGUUGAAAUCAAUGUUUUAAUUAUUAUUAUUUUAGCAAAUCAGUUUAAAUAAAACGUAUGUACACACAGUGAUAUGUGUGUAUAUUCUUUAUUUCUGUUUUUUUUUUUCCUGAUGACUAUUGCUUACAGCCAAUGCAAACAAAAAAGAAAUCAGUUGCCCAGAUAGUUAGACUACUACAUAAAACAUGUUUUGUUUUUUGUUUUUUAUUAAGACUCGGUCCAACAUCAGAGCAGCAUUGUACCAAGACAUUUUGGAGAACUUCAUGCUGAGAAGCUGUUCUGAAAUUUUACUUUCCAACAGAGCGUGGGGCAUGCCCACACAUCCAAAAGUACCAAUACCUGACCAAAGUUGUUGAUAAUGCAUUUGUUGAAUCUAUGUAAUAUGGUCAAGAAGAAGCUGAGAGACACAAAAUAAAGUUGGUACUAUAGACAAAGUUUUCGGUGCAUAUAAUGUAUGGUACAUGGAUAGGUUUCUCUGGAUAACAUUGCAUUUCAGUUUAUCUUGUGGAGAGGAAACCCUCCAGCAGAACCAGGCUAAGUGUGAAUGGCCAUCUGGCUCAACCAAGUGAGUCUUUCUAUGUUAAAAUAUAUAUUUUUAGUUGUCUUUUGUAAGGCCUUUAUUUUUUUUAUUAGCUGUAAGCUGUCAAAAUUAACAGA